UCCAUCCCAUCUCCCUCUCCAUCCCAGCUCCCUCUCCAUCCCUGUUCCCUCUCCAUCCCUGUUCCAUCUCCAUCCCAUCUCCCUCUCCAUCCCCACUGUCUCCAUCCCAUCUCCAUCCCCACUCCUCUCCAUCCCUGUUCCAUCUCCAUCCCAUCUCCCUCUCCCUCUCCAUCCCCUCUCCCUCUCCCUCUCCAUCUCCCUCUCCAUCCCUGUUCCCUCUCCAUCCCUGUUCCCUCUCCAUCCCUGUUCCAUCUCCAUCCCAACUCCCUCUCCAUCUCCCUCUCCACCCCAUCUCCAUCCCAACUCCAUCUCCCUCUCCAUCCCCUCUCCAUCCCCUCUCCCUCUCCCUCUCCAUCCCAACUCCAUUUCCCCUCCAUCUCCAGCCCCACUCCCUCUCCAUCCCCAUCCCAUCUCCAUCCCAACUCCAUCUCCCCUCCCUCUCCAGCCCCGUCCCCGCCCCGCUCUGCUCUGCCCGCGCGGGGCGAUGUCGUUCGCGGAGCUGCUGUCGGUGCUGGGCGGGCUGGGCCGUUUCCAGGUGUGUUACGUGGCGGCGCUGGCGGCGCCGCUGAUGAUGCUGGCGAGCCACAACCUGCUGCAGAACUUCAGCGCCGGCGUCCCCGAGCACCACUGCCGGCCCCGGGGCCACCCCCAUGGUGGUGCCACCGACACCAACGGCACCGGCACCGCCGUCCCCCUGCUCGUGGCGCUGCCCCUGGACGGCCACGGGCGGCCCCAGCGCUGCCGGCGCUACCGGGAGCUCCAGUGGCACCUCCUGGGGGGCAACGGGUCCCUCAGCGGCACGGCCACCACCGCGGCCACCGAGCCGUGCCACGACGGGUGGGUCUACCUGGACGGCGCCUUCACCGACACCAUCGUCACCGAGUGGGACCUGGUGUGCGAGUCCAGGAGGCUGAGGCAGCUGGCCCAGUCCAUCUACAUGGGCGGGAUCCUCCUGGGCUCGGGGCUCUUCGGGGUCCUCUCCGACAAGUUGGGGCGGCAGGCGCUGCUGAGCUGGUGUUACCUGCAGAUGGAGGUGGCGGGGGUGGGCACGGCCCUCGCCCCCUCCUUCCCCCUCUACUGCACCCUGCGCUUCCUCACCGGGCUCGCCAUGGCCGGGGUGGCCCUCAACUCCGCCUCACUCUGCAUGGAGUGGAUCCUGACGGAGGCGCCCGUGGUCGGCACCAUCAACAGCUACAGCUACACCCUGGGGCAGUUCGUGCUGGGGGUGGCCUUCGCCCUGCCCCGCUGGAGGCACCUGCAGCUGGCAGUGUCCCUGCCCUUCUUCCUCUUCUUCCUCUACUCCUGGCUGUUCGUGGAGUCGGCUCGCUGGCAGGUGACGUCGGGCAGGGCCGACCUGGCCCUGCGGGGGCUCCGCAAGGUGGCCCGGAUCAACGGCAGGAAGGACGAGGGGGACAAACUCACCGAGGAGGCUCUGCGGGCUCUGGUGCUGCGGGAGCCGCCGGGCUCAGGGGGUUCGGUGGCCGCGCUCGUGCGGACCCCCGGCAUGAGGACGGUGUCGUGCGGGGUGGCUUUCGUCUGGUUCUCCACCAGCUUCGCCUACUACGGGCUGGCCAUGGACCUGCAGGGUUUCGGGGUGGAUGUUUACGUCAGCCAGUUGGUGUUCGGGGCCGUCGACAUCCCGGCCAAAUUCCUGUCCGUGCUCGCCAUCUCCGGGCUCGGGCGCCGCCUGGCACAGGGGGGGGCCCUGGCACUCGCCGGGGGCUGCAUCCUCGCCAACAUCCUCGUGCCCGCCGAGAUGCCGACGCUGCGAAUGGCCCUGGCCGUGGUCGGGAAGGGCUCCUUGGCCGCCUCCUUCAACUGUGCCUACAUCUUCUCCGGGGAGCUCUUCCCCACCGUCAUCAGGCAGACGGGGAUGGGCCUGGGGGGCACCAUGGCCCGCGUGGGGGGGAUGGUGGCCCCCCUGGUGCGCAUGGCGGCCGACGUGACCCCCGCCCUGCCCCUCGUCAUCUACGGCGCCGCCCCCAUCGUGUCGGCCGUGGCCGCCUCCUUCCUGCCCGAGACACGCAACGUCCCCCUGCCCGAGACCGUCCAGGACGUCGAGAGGCG